AUGACAUCGUUGUCGUCCUCGGGGGCACUGUCAAUAUUCUCGGAAAAUGAUGUGCAACCUACAACAGAAAACUCCUCUGUGAACAAGGAAUCCUUCGGGAAAGACAAUUUUCAGCCCAAGGAAGUACAUAUUGAAAAGGAACGACAGUUAGUGGGUGUUGUCUGUCCACCUCUGACUAGCCCACUAUCUGCAUAUGAGGGCCAACCGGCUCCGUAUAAAAUCUCCAAAGAGCGGCAUGCGGUAGAUACCCUACUACUUGCGGGCCCAGACUGCGCUCGCGAGGACUUUGAUGGCUCUCAAUAUGUCAAUUUUAUUCUCGAUGACUAUACAGUCUACAGCCGGACGGAUGGGAAUGGACGUCGUGCUGGGAUGGUGCCGUUGAACGAUGUUGCCAACAAGGAAGGCGGAACGACGUUUUACUUUGACGGUAUAAUUAAACCUGAGGGUAAUACGGGUUCAGAGGUUGGCCUGCUAUAUCUCCAGCGAGUUUCGUUCAGCCUUGUUUCUCUAGGGGGCUAUGAAGACCCUGGUCGACACAGUGUGGGGGGGGAUAUCUGGAUCCAGUCGAGAUACUGUCAUAGCCGAGGGAACAUAUGGUACCGUAUAGGGAAGCCGUCAGCAGUUUAUGCAUCAUAUCACCACUUUUUCUCCUGGUUAGCUGAUCUGGCCAAACACUUUGUCGACUAUCUGCACGCAGACAAAGCUAGAGAUGUUACUCUUAACCACUUCAAGAAUGACUUCCAUGACUGGCUAGUUGAUUGUCAUAAAGGUGAUCCUACGUUUAUUUCAUGGCUAGCGGAAUAUGGCUCCCGAGAUUUUAGACACGCUAUCAACGCGCAUGGGAAAUUCUUACGAGGCCAAUCUUUCACUAUCGACUUCUCCUACAGCCAUCACACUCUCUGGGAUGAACUUGGACUUUCUCAAACGCCAAUUAUUGUAGAACAACCCACAGUGGUAACGAAAACCGUCGUUACCCCAUUUGUUUACAACUGUUUUAAGAAAAUGCCCUGGUCCAGUCAUCUUCAGCAGGUGCAAUUAGCCCCUGAAAUUGAGAAGCAAUAUAAGAAGAUGGUCAAACAGCAAACUAUGUUGCUUGGGGCAAAAAAGAAGACGAACGAGACAGGAGAGAUAUCUAUCGGGGAUGUAGUCGCCAUAAAAAGUGAGGAUGGGUCUAUCUGGAAAGGUGGUGAAGAGUUCUGGUAUGCUCUCGUCCAGGGUUUUGGUAGGAAUCGCAGCCUUCGGUUGAUUUGGUUAUAUCGCCCAACUGAUACUGUAUGUGCCAACAUGACAUACCCUUACAGUAACGAGCUUUUCUUAAGCGACCACUGUAACUGCAGUGAAGGGAAGACCCCGAUCCAAGAUGUGGUUAAGAAAGUUCCCGUUGAUUUCUUUGCCUUCCAUGAUCAUCCAGAUAGCACAAGCUCAACACUCUUCGUACGGCAGAUUUAUCAGACGAAAGAUGAGACCUUUAAGACCCUGGUUUAUAGUGACUUUACUUGUCGCUGCAAUGAUGCCGAGAAAUCUAUCCCUAAAUUUAAAGCUGGCGAUACCGUGCUGGCGCUGUUCUCCAACAGACUAAAACCGGCCGAGAUUAUCAACCUAGGGCCAGAGGAAGCUAUUCUGCGAGUAUUUCAAUACCGUGGUAAAGACCUUGGGGAGAGAAAUUGUCGCCCCAAUGAAUUGGUCUACUGCGAUAAUUUUCAAACAGUCCCAAUAAAGCGCAUUAAAAGACACUGUCAUAUCCGGUUUUUCCAGCCCGAUCAAAUAUCAAGCAUCCCAUGUCCUUACAAUAGAGAUGGAACAGGAGAUGCCUUCUAUAUUAUCUUCCGCAAGGAUGGGGAUACUCUGGCCCCUAUGAGCCCCCCUGCGAGUUUUAAUGAAGGGUUCGACCCUUCAACCUCUUCUCUGCCUAAACUGAAGGCCUUGAACCUUUUCAGUGGAGGUGGGACCUUUGAUCGAGGUCUCGAAGAGGGGACUGCUAUUCAAAGCAAGUGGGCAGUAGAAUGGAGCCUUCCACAGAUGCUGACCUACAGGGCUAAUCACCCUAACGGAAAGGACCUAAAGUUAUUCUGCGGAUCUGUCAACGACUAUCUCUUUCAGGCCAUCCAAGGAAAUGAAAAUGAAUACAUUGCUAGAAUAGGGGAAGUUCAGAUUAUUUCUGCUGGUAGUCCUUGUCAAGGCUACUGCAGCGCCAACUUCUAUAGAGAGAACGAAGUGUCAAUGCGUAAUUCGUCCAUGAUUGCAUCUGUUGCAAGUUACAUUGACUUCUACAGGCCCCAGUAUGCUAUACUCGAAAAUGUAACUGGCAUGGCUAGCAGAACACACGAGCAAAGUCCACUUUCCCAGCUUUUGUGCACUUUCGUUGGCAUGGGAUACCAAGCCCGCGUCUUUAAUUUAGAUGCGUGGAGCUUCGGUUCCCCCCAGAGCAGGUCCAGGCUCUUUAUUGCCAUUGCAGCUCCAGGCCUUCACAUGCUAAAUCAUCCCCCUUUAACCCAUUCUCAUCCAGAUUGGACUAAAGCACGAGCUCUCGGGGAUGCCCCAAAUGGUCUUACUUUCGGAGACCGGCGCUGGGAUACCCCCAUUUUCGAUUUUGUAUCAGCCCAUGAGGCCACCAAGGAUCUACCUCCAAUUGAUACGGCACGCAUAAUGUCUAUACCAUGGCCGGAUCACCGACCUUCCCGGGUUGAAUCUGAGGCUAAACAGGCACUGAUACAGAAUAUCCCUAAGGCACCCCGAACUCAAGGGCUAGUAGGAGCUUUGGCAAGAGGAUGGGUUAAUUGUGCUGACCACUCUGCUCGGCUGAGGACUCCUUACUCUAAGGCCUGGUCCCGAGUCCACCCGGAGAAACUAUUUCCAACUGUUACAACAUCUGUUUGCCCAUUCUGCAAGUUCACAGGUCGCUGGCUGCACUGGCAAGAAGACCGUUUGAUAACAGUUCAGGAAGUAAGACGUGCCCAGGGCUACCCGGACUCGGAGGUUCUCAUAGGGAGUGCUGCUCAGCAAUGGAAAAUUGUGGGUAAUAGCGUGGCCAGACAAAUUGCUCUUGCUCUUGGUCUUGCAGUCAGAGAAGCAUGUAUACGCAAUCAACAGGGUCAUCCUGCUCAGGUUACAACCGUAAAUAUUCCCGUGUUAGAAGAUGCCAAAAGCCAGCCGCCGCCAUCCAUUGCCAUUCCCGAAAACAUUUCUAUACCUUUGAAACGCCAUAAUGAUGUUACUAUGGAAGUAUCCCUGUCGUGCAAAACAAGAGCGGGAUCAACGAAGCGAAAAAAAGUACUAUCAUGGGAUAAAUUGACUUCUUAG